AUGGCUGCUGAGGUUUCUCUGGCUCCCCUCCCCUCUUUCUUGAAGUGGGUGGCACAACACAGGGUCAUUACCAUGAACUAUAAGCCAGUGAUGUUUGCGUUUAAGUUAGGGAAUACCGACGAAGAAUGGCGCGUGAAACUGUAUGAAAGGCAUGCUGGCAUGGGUUCAGAGCUGUGGCUGAAAAAGUUCAACAGCUUUUGGGAUUGUGUUAUGGGAGUUGCUCACCGGAAAGGUAUUGUGUGCCACGGCAAGAGGAAUUUGAUAUGGUAG